CUCAAACACGCUCACAGUAAUGACAGUGACAUAGCACUAAAAGUCACAGGUAUAGCCAAUCUUAGCGAAGUUAAAGCCAGCUGGCCAUGGAAUAUGGGGCGCCAGGAGUCGACGACUCUUCCUCCCAAUGGUGAAAUAUGGCGGAGGAGAGCUGUGGUGGCUGCAUCGGCUGAGGACUUUUAAACCACCACAGACCCUGAAGGGCACAUCCAUGUAGACAGAGGGUCGCCGGGGCCAGCGCGUCGGACAGGGGCUUUUGGAUGAAACGACCAAAACAGGCUGUGGACCGACGGCACCGCCUGAUGUUCUCCCCCCUCGGAGCGAGAGAGCAGACAUCAUUCAGGAACCACAAAAACAAGUCGGACAUGAACGGGGAAGUUGUAUGCAACAGCCAUUCCCUCACAGUAUUAAGCUGCAACAAGUCCAAAUCACCUGUUCAUGAUGAGAUGACGAUCAAACUGACCCAGGAGGGAAGGUGCUCUCCGAGAUGCUCCCUGCAAAAUGACGCUCAGAGGCAAGAUGAUGGCAGGAGAACAAACACCAUCAGCACAAAAGCCCAAGACUCUGAGUUACCAGAGAGGGAGAGUAGCUACAGCCAGUGUUCGCCCUGUUGGUCCGACGAGCAGCCGUCACCGCCACAGCAUCACUAUGCCCAGACCUGCCUUCGCUCCCCUGCCGAACGCUCCCUCGCCCUCAGUAACAGCUUAUCUCACACUCCCCUCCUUCCCAACAACAGUGCCACUCACCUCAGCCACCAGAGGAGAGACAUCCGGCACAAGGUCAAAGGGAAGAAGCCUACACUAAGAAUUGCAAAAAGUAAAACUUCCACAAAUCGAAAAGUUACCGACUACUAUCCCAUAAGACGAAGCCUAAGAAAAAGUAAAACAGAGCUUAAGUGUGAACAAAAGAAGCUCAUUGAUAAUCUCAUCGCAAAUGGGAUAGAGGAAGGAAUGGAGGUGCAGCAUAUAGAAGGAAAGGGGAGAGCAGUGUUUGCCACUAGGUGUUUCCAGAAAGGCGAGUACGUGGUGGAAUACCACGGGGAUCUUCUACAGAUCACCGAUGCCAAAAAGAGGGAGGCCGAGUACGCUCAAAACCCUGCCACUGGCUGCUACAUGUACUACUUUCAGUACCUCUGCAAAACAUACUGUGUGGAUGCCACAAAAGAGACUGGUCGAAUGGGCAGGCUGAUCAAUCACAGCAAAACCGGCAACUGCCAAACCAAACUGCAUGACAUCAACGGCGUCCCUCACCUCAUCCUGGUGGCGUCUCGAGACAUCGACGAGGGCGAGGAGCUGCUCUACGACUACGGAGACCGCAGCAAGGCUUCCAUCGCAGCUCACCCGUGGCUCAAGUACUGACCGACGGAUCGUCUCAAAGAAAAGGGAAACUUAACACUUGUGUUUCUCAUCAGCUAGUGUAAAAAAAUGGCCUUAGCAACAGAAUGUGUACCCUCUUUUUCCAAUUUUCAGGAUGGAUGGGGCUCUAGUAUGUGUACAUGGGGGAGGAACUGACGGGGUACAAGGGACUUAGAGGUAGACUGAGGUACAUAUGCUUUGUCAGACGACAUCUGUACUUUUAUUUAUACUGUACGUCUAUAUGAAACCUUUGUUUUUUUGCAGCACAUUUAUUUUGUAAAUUUUGUAUUCCUGAUAGACAAAUGCUUCCACAGCAUGCAGGUGGUAGUUAAUGUUCUGCAUUUUUAUACAGCUUUUUCUUAAUUGGUAGUUAGUUACUUAGCAAUAAUGAUAUUUACGGCCCUCCAGGUUGAUACAGUCUCAGUGUAGAACUGUAAGAUGCAAAUAUGAAGCCCUUUUUUUAAAACGCUCUGUUAAACUGGAAUGUGAUUCCACGUGAUUGAUACUCACACAAAGAAAUGUUACCGUUGUUUUGUAUAGUUGUACACUUGUUUUUUGGAAAUCUGAACAAAUCUGCACCUCGUUCUCAGAAAGCUGUCAAACGUACACGACCAAAUGUUCAUGUGAAAGUAUGUAACAAUAGAACCGUCAACAGGUCAUUUUUAAACUUUUUUUUUGUUGUUGUUGCUUUUAAUAUGUAUUUUCUGUGCAAAAAAGCUAUAUAUUAUUUAUCACUACUUUUUCUGAAUUUUUUGGCGUUUCAAAUAGCAAAUUCUUCACAAUCAUUUGAAAUACAGUUUCUUAGCUACUCACCCCCAAUAAAUCUCUGGGAUUUCAGGUUGUAGUGUGGAUUUUCCAUCAAAAUGCUCAAUUAUAUAUGAAACAUGAAUAGACUCAAUUCUGUUUUUUGUUGUUCUAGAGCAAUUCAAUAUAUUGCUUCCGUUGAAUUUGUUAUAUUUCCGCUGAUUUCUUGUUGCUUGAAUUUAAGAUUUUACCUUAUUUUCAUCACUGUUCAAAGUCAUUUUAAGUAUAAGUACAAUUUCCGCAGAUUUGCAGGAAAUUUACAUUUUAACAUUCUCUUUCCUCUACAUCUCCAGUCAUCACCACCACCACUCCACCUACUGGUUUAUGUUCAGUGUGUUGGGAUUAUUGAGAUUUGUGUGAAAAAUAAUUGCAAUAAUAUUUGAGGGGCAUAAGUGACCUGUUGGUAGUUGUAGGAGGUAAUACAUCUUGGGUGUUGUAGCGUUAAAUAAAUCUUUAUGCUGGGGUUGUUAAAUAAUUAUGUUAAAUAAAGAUGAAUUAUGCAAGCAA